AUGGAUUCAACCGCUCAAACGGGGCAUAAUGGUGCUGAUUGGCAAGAAGAGAUUUAUCUAAAAAUACAAGCCAUGAAAGAUGCGCAUUUUGCUGAGCUGCAGGAAUUCCAUAUGAAGAUCACCCAGCGAUAUCAGCAGAGUGAGAUGUUGCCUCAUGCAAAGCAAUCAGAGAAUUUUGAGAAAUUGAAAAACUUCAAAAUCUUUCUGGAACGCGUGUUAGCUUUCCUUCAGAUCUCUAAAAGUAGUAUUACAAUUAACCUCAAAGAAAAACUUCCUUAUUAUGAGAAACAAAUAAGUGGAUUGUUAAAUUCAAAUAGAAGGCCAAGAUUAUUUCCUGUACAGCAGCAAGGCCAGCAGCAGCUACAGCAUGCUGUUGGACAUGCUCAAAGCACAUCCCAGCAUCAACCAUCUCAAGUUUUACAAGUGCAGCAGCAUGAAAAUCAUGGAAACCAGGUGCACCAAUUGAAUAUGCCAGGUUCUAUUACAACUAUGCAAUCAGCAGUGACCUCCGGUAUGCAACAUGGGUCCAUGACAUUACCAACUUUAGCUGCUCCUGCAGCACAACUGAAUGCAACAAAUUCAGUCCAGUCUGCCUCUGAAUUGGAUCUGGUCCAAGUGAAUUCUUUUGGUUCGCUGCAACAAGGUUCGGUGGGCUCAGUACAACAAAGUGGUGUUGUGCCUUUGCAGAAUUCAAUUAGUGCUGCCCAGCAAACCAACCUUAACAAUCUGUCACAAAGCUCUCUGAGUGGAUUGCAACCUAAUGCAACCUCAAUGCAAAACUCUAAUGUUCUACAGCAGCAACAUUUGAAGCAACAACAGCAGGAACAUUUGAUGCAACAUCAGCAAUUAAAGCAGCAGAUGCAGCAACGCCAAAUCCAGCAUCAAUUGCUUCAGCAGCAACAAAGACAACAACUGCUACAGCCACAGCAGCCACUGCAACAACAGCAGACGCUGCAGCAACAGGUGCAUCUACAACAAAAGCAGCAGCAACCUUCACAAUUGCCAGUGCACCAGAUUUCACAACUUCAUCCUAUGAAUGAGCUAAAUGAACUCAAGUCCAGGCAAGGAUCCACCAUUAAACCAGGAAUAUACCAACAGCCACAGGCCUUUGCAGGAGUCCAGCGCCAUAACUACUAUCAUCAACAACUUAAACCUGGUGCUUCUUUUCCAAAUUCAUCUCCCCAAAAUCUACAGGCUUCAUCCCCUCAAAUUUCUCACCAUUCUUCACCUCAAAUAGAUCAGCAUGCUUUGUUGCCAGCUGUUACAAAAACUGGUACACCUAUGCACCCAACAGGUUCACCCUUUGUUGUGCAAUCUCCUUCUACUCCGCCUGUUGCCCCAUCUCCCAUUCCAGGAGACUCCGAGAAACUAGUGUCCACUGCUGUUUUACUUCCAACUACAGGACAAACUACCCAUCAACAAACUGGCAUUGCACCACUUCAAUCCCAGUCAAUUGCUGUUGCGACACCUGGAAUAUCGGCGUCUCCUUUGCUAGCAGAAUGCUCAGCAAGUGCUUCUGAGCGACCAGUGGAACGUUUAAUUAAGGCGGUACAAUCAUUGUCUCCAAAAGUCCUUGCCUCUGCCAUUAAUGAUAUUAGUUCUGUUGUUAGCAUGAUUGACCGGAUUGCCGGAUCAGCACCGGGCAAUGGCUCGAGAGCUGCUGUUGGUGAAGAUUUAGUUGCAAUGACGAAGUGCCGUUUGCAAGCAAGAAAUUUCAUGUCGCAAGAUGGAGGUGCCACCACGAAGAAAAUGAAGAGGCACACAUCUGCCAUGCCAUUAAAUAAUGUUUCUUCGGCAGGCAGUAUAAAUGAAAAUUUUAUGAAAUUUGGUAGUCUUGAUUCAGCUGAUUUGGAAUCCACGGCAACUUCUCAUUUCAAAAGAAGAAAACUAGAGGGCACCAUUGCUCUGCAUGAGGAAAUCAGGGAGAUAAACCAGCAGCUUAUCGACACGGUGGUUAAUAUAUGUGACGAAGAUACUGAUUCUGUUGCUGCUGCAUUCGAAGGCGGUGGAGAAGGGACAAUCGUUAAAUUCUCCUUCACCGCCGUCGCGUUCAGUCCCAGUUUAAAAGCUCAUUUUGCUUCAAUGCACAUGUCCCCAAUAGCUCCUUUGAGAUUGCUGGUUCCUUCCAGUUAUCCAAAAUGCUCUCCCCUACUUCUUGGCAAGCUUACAAUUGAACCCAGCAAAGAGUUUGAAGAUCUGUCUAUGAAAGCGAAGUCGAUGUUCAGCAUCUCUCUUCGAUGCCUUCCGCAGCCGAUGUCCCUCGGAGAAAUGGCUGGGACUUGGGAUGCCUGUGCUCGCAAGGUGAUUGUUGAGUAUGCACAACAGAGUGGAGGGGGGAGCUUCAGCUCAACCUAUGGUGCCUGGGAGAACUGUGUUGGUGCUUGAUCCACUUCAAUAAAUAUAAACCAACUCCCUUCAUUUAUUCCCCCUUGGGGCUUUGUGUGUUAAUAUUCGCUGCAGAUUCUCAGCUCUAUUCAAUCAAUAAACACCAAUAAAAAUGUUUCAUGCUAUUUAUAUAGAUAUAGAUAUGUUGUCGUCUGUGAUAUAUUUAUGUGGUAUUUAUUAGCGAAGGAAAGGCUGUUUUGGUUUAGGCAUUGAGAACUGGUUUCAGCUGCUUUUGUUUAUUUGAUUGGUGAAACACUUGUUAUGUAAAUGUAAAAAUUUAUUGA